UAGAAAUGCCAAAACAACAACAACAACAGAACAACAACAAAAUAUGAAUUUCGGUUAACAAAAGGCAAUCAGAAACACAAGCAAAAUCAGAGAACAGAAAAAAGGGGAGAACCAUCAAAAACAGAGGGCUCCUCCUGCGUGGGCGUGUAGAGUAGAGCAGCAGCAGAAGCAGUAGCAGCGAAAGACGAGAACACAACGAAACGAAACAAAAGUGAGAAUUCCACAAAGAAAUGUCCAUUGCAACGUUUAGGGGCGCAUUCUCGAAUAUUCUCCUAAACACUGCGACACGGCGACAGGCGGAAAGAGCGCAGCGCCAUGUCCCUGUAUUGCUGGGGCGACGCCUCGCACGGCCAACUGGGACUCGGUGGCAUCGAGGAUGAGCAGAUCCUUGUACCAAGCAAGAUACUAUGGAAGCCCGAUUCGGCGGUGCAACAGAUUGCCUGCGGCCAUCGCCAUACGCUCUUCCUCACUGCCAACGGAAAGGUGUACGCCUGCGGGAGCAACGAUCACUACCAGCUGGGGCACGAGCUGCCCACCAAAAGGCCACGUAUGUCGCCAUUUCGCAGCAAAUGACUACCAUUCCACUGUUCUUUUCCGGUCUCUUGCAGUGCUGAUACCCGAGCUGCAGGACUAUGUUGUCAUCCAGAUUGCCUGUGGCAGUCGCCAUUCCAUGGCCCUCACCGACUGGGGCCAGAUCCUCAGCUGGGGCGACAACGAUUGCGGACAGCUGGGCCAUUCCACCGACAAGGAGAUCAUUGAGCUGCCAAAGGUCUUGCGCUUUCUCGUGUCCAAAACGGUGGUGCAGAUUGCAUGCGGCAACAACCACAGUCUGGCACUCACGAGCUGUGGCGAGCUCUACUCCUGGGGCUCCAACAUCUAUGGCCAACUGGGCGUUCAGUCCCCCAAAGAGCUGCCGCACUGCAAUUACCCCAUGAAGCUGGCGACCGUCUUGGGCAUCCCAUUGGCCACCAUUGCCUGUGGGGGCAACCAUUCGUUCCUCAUCUCCAAGUCCAGUGCCGUGUUCGGCUGGGGCAAGAACACUUGCGGCCAGCUGGGGCUAAACGACGAGGAGAAUCGUGCGUAUCCCACGCAGCUGAAGACAAUGCGCACCCUGGGCGUGAGAUUCGUGGCCUGUGGGGACGAGUAUUCCGUGUUCCUCACCAACGAGGGCGGCGUCUUCACCUGCGGAGCUGGCAACUACGGCCAGCUGGGCCAUGGCUUCAAGUCCAACGAGAUGAUACCCCGCAUGGUAAUGGAGCUGAUGGGCAGCACCAUCACUCAGGUGGCCUGCGGCAAUCGCCACACCCUCGCCCUGGUGCCCUCUCGUGGUCGAGUGUAUGGCUUUGGCUUGGGCAGCUCCGGGCAGCUGGGAACGCGAGCCACCAAAAGUCUGACGCUGCCACAGGUGGUUAUCGGUCCCUGGGUCUCGCCCAGUGGCUCCGCUUUGCUGCAAUCGAGCGAAGGAGCCAAGGAGUCGGUGGUCAUUCAGCAUAUCUUCUCCGGCGGAGAUCAGUCGAUUGUGACGACCACUCUCUAUGUGAACAAGGUGCCGCCCGAGGAUCUGCGCAGGUUCAAGUGGGACAGAGCUUCCGAGUUUUCUCUGAAGCUCAUAAAAACUAAUGGAAUUCCUCUUCCUCCGCUUUCUUGCAGACCCAAAUCCCAGAUCCUUUCGCUGACGGCAGAGGCCACACAGCAGUGUGCGCACUUCAAGCAGAGUGACCAAAGCGACCUGGAUCUGCUGCAGUCCAUGGAGCUGAUCUUCAAGAGUCAGGCGUGCCUGAAUGGCUCGUUUCUGCUCUCCAACGAGCAGCAUUUUGGCUGCUCUGCACGUAAUUAUGGACUGGAUCUGACGGCGGCCGAGCUGGCAUUCGAUCAUCUACGGAAUGUGCAGAACGAGAGCAUCAAGCAGGUGAUCUGGGAUAAUGUAACAAAAGAGCUGAUUGGUUCUCUGGUGGCCUCACCAGCGGAUGUGGAGAGCCUGCGCGUGUAUCUGCUGCUGCCGCUGUACCAUGAAUUCGUGAACUCCAAGCACUACCAGACGCUGCAGGUGCCACUGGCCAGUGCCAUGCUGAAGCUGACGGAGAAUGCCAGCAAGGUGCUGCACAAGUGGUUGGCCCAAACCCCCGUCGACUAUUUCGAGCGUGUGGUUAACAUAUUUCUGCAUGUGGUGGUGCACAUCGUUAGCUUCAAAAUGAAUCUGCUGCCCAUCAGUCCAAACGUGGAGGGUCCCCAACGGUUAAUGCCAUACAAUGCCGAUUUGGAUGUCAUUCUGAAGGUGAUGAAGGAGCUGUUCGUCAUCAACAACUCGCGUAAGGAUCGCGUCAGCUAUCAGAUAUUCUAUUGGCCCGAACUCGACUGGUAUGCGAAUGUCAAGCAGGAGUUUGUCAAAUGGAUAAUGGGCAGCCCGAACGACUUUAGCAUUUGUAAUUUUCCAUUCCUAUUCGAUACGUCGGCCAAGACAUCGAUGCUCCAAGCCGAUCAAGUGGUCCAAAUGCAUUCAGCCAUGGCCAAUGCGGCCACCAAUCAGGCAUUUUUCAAUCUUCUCAACUAUGGCAUGCCCAUCUCGCACUACAUUGUGCUGAAUGUGACGAGGGAGAACCUUGUGCAGGACUCCAUUCGUGAGCUGCAGCACUACUCGCAGAGUGAUCUCAAGAAGCCGCUGAAGAUCAAGUUUCAGGACGAGGAGGCCGAGGACGCUGGCGGCGUGCGCAAGGAGUUCUUCAUGCUGCUGCUCAAGGAUCUGCUCGAUCCGAAGUAUGGCAUGUUCAAGGAGUUCGAGGAGUCGCGUGUGCUGUGGUUCGCGGACAUGACCUUUGAAACGGAGAAUAUGUACUACCUCAUCGGCGUCCUCUGUGGCUUGGCCAUCUACAAUUUUACAAUCAUCAAUCUGCCCUUUCCCCUGGCCCUCUACAAGAAGCUGUUGAACAAGCCCGUCGAUCUGAGUGACCUGCGACAGCUGUCGCCGACGGAGGCCAACUCCAUGCAGGCGCUGCUCGACUAUGAUGGCGACGACUUUACGGAGGCCUUUGAUCUGCAUUUCGAGAUAACACGCGAUGUCUUCGGAGAGACGGAGACCUUGAGCCUUAAGCCGAAUGGACAAGAGAUUGCCGUCACCCUGGAGAACAGGCAGGAGUUUGUGGAUCUCUAUGUGAACUUUGUGAUCAACAAGUCGUCGGAGGUGCAUUACAAUGCCUUCCACAAGGGCUUCAUGAAGGUCUGUUCGGGCCGUGUCAUAAACGUAUUCCAGCCGGAGGAACUGAUGGCUGUGGUGGUGGGCAAUGAGGAGUAUGACUGGCAGGCUCUGGAGGAUAAUUGCACGUACAAAGACGGCUACUCUUCAGGCGAUGAGACAAUCAAAUGGUUCUGGGAGGUAAUACAUGACCUAUCCGAAGCGGAAAAGAGAAGUUUUCUUCUCUAUCUAACUGGAAGCGAUCGCAUACCCAUUCAGGGUAUGAAGGCCCUGAGGUUCGUUAUACAACCCACCACCGAUGAACGUUUCCUGCCAGUGGCCCAUACAUGCUUCAAUCUGCUGGAUCUGCCACGAUACAAGACCAAGGAGCGCCUCAAAUUCAAACUACUGCAAGCCAUUCAGCAAACCCAGGGAUUUAGCCUGGUCUGAUUUGAUUUGAUCUGAUCUGAUCCUCCGAUCAAACGGUGAUGGCCAGAUUUGGACUUUUGAAAUUUAAGGUACAGGUACAGGAAAACACACACCACACACAUUUAUCAGAGAUCAAAUCAACUUAAGUGAUGUUGUGUCUAUAGCUUUAAUUCGUAGGCUAGCUAUCAAUCCAUACCACAACUGUUAUAGAAAUAAUAAGAAAAGUUAACAAAUAAAACGGUGAAUAUUGAUGUCUUAAAA